AGCGGUCAGCACUGGCAGUAUGGAGUCGAGACUCGCAUUGUCCGCCGGAGACACCGCGGAGAACAAGUGACGACUCCAUUGCACUUACAGGCUUGCUUAUCUACCCCCUCAUCUCCCUCCUCCCUUGCAAUUACUACAUACGGGAUGGUUCUCUCAUUCAUUCUUGUGCAGAAUCGCCAGGGGAAGACGCGGCUCGCGAAAUGGUAUGCGCCGUAUAGCGAUGAAGAAAAAGUCAAGCUAAAGGGCGAGGUACAUCGCCUGGUCGCCCCGCGAGAUCAGAAAUACCAGUCCAAUUUCGUCGAAUUCAAGCGGAGUACCAAGGUUGUCUACCGGAGAUAUGCGGGGUUGUUCUUCUGCGCCUGCGUCGACGCAACCGACAACGAACUAGCCUACCUCGAGGCGAUCCACUUCUUCGUCGAGGUGUUGGAUCAGUUCUUUGGAAACGUUUGUGAGCUGGACUUGGUGUUCAAUUUCUACAAGGUAUACGCUAUUCUGGACGAGGUAUUCCUUGCAGGAGAGAUCGAAGAAACAAGCAAGCAGGUCGUGUUGACGAGGUUGGAACACUUGGAUAAGCUGGAAUGAGGGAGAUAAUAUGGGGGAUAUAGCAAGAAGGGGGAAGUAUAAAGUAUCGCUCUGUGGUGAUACAAUUGCAUAUAUGACCACGGGACAUGGUCAAGAGGAGUUAGGGGUUCAUUAGGCUGAUAAGUCUGGGCGUGUUUCUUUAUAUAUCAUUAUUGCAUGCGGUUGUUUUCAAUGUUGUACCGGUUCGCGACUGUUCAUACCCUUUCUGGAAUACCUGCAUCCCUACUGUCCAAUCGAGUAGAUUCCGUUCAACUAAGCGCCAUGCAAUGCUUGUCACAAGUGCAAAUAUAGCCAUUCUCAGGGCCACUUUCAGGGUCUGCCAGGGUUUCACAGGGACCAAGUGUGUCCGCUAUUUUUGCUGUCACACGGAGUUUGGCUGCUGCCUGACUUCCAACAGCCGAAUUUCACUGCCGCGAUGCUUGACAGCGGAUCACCCGAGACAUCUCACAACUGAGACCGGAC